AUGCAAGCGGCCUUGAACUCGCAGGUCAAGCCGGAACCAGCCGAAAAGGUUGGGGUUCCAUCCGCGGAUACGCAAAAAUCCACUCCUAAGAAAGAAAUGCCACUUUCAUGCCAGAGAUGCCGUAUACGAAAGGUGAAGUGUAACUUUGCACACCCAUGUCUGAGCUGUGUCAAGUUGGGGGUAGAAUGCAUCCAAAUCCCCAAUGAUAUGCGUAAAAAACGACCUAGAGCCAACUAUGUUCUGACGUUGGAAAAACAGAUCGACACUGUGCAGAAGUUCUUCUCCAAUUUGCAGAAAUUAGAGUCAGUAGAGGACAGAAACAAGUAUUUGGAUGCAAACAUGGCGGCUGUAGGACAAGAGCUUGGUCUUGGGUCAGAAUCCGCGCAGCAGCCUGCAAAAGUCAAGCCAUUGGCUCUUCCAAAACUGGUCUCCGGGACGCCUGGUGCGUCUUCUGUCUCUAGUGAACCUGCAACAAAUAAGAACAGGCCUAUCUAUGGACCUACCAAUGUCUACGACAAUUAUGAGCUCGAUCUGCGGCUUCGAACCACCGCUCAGAGGCGUGAGGCUAGAGACAUCAACACGUUACGUGCCUUGAACUGUAAUCCAGACAUCUUGCACUGUCUCAAACUAUUUUUCUCCUGGCAGUAUCCCGACAACAGCAUGUUUGUGUUCCGUGAAGCCUUUCUCCUGGAGUUUUUUCAUCCAAAACCCAACUCUUUGUACUGUCUGCCAGUUUUAGUCCUUAGUGUCUGUGCAUUGGGAGCCAGAAUGUCAGAUGUCGAUUCCAUCUACUUCAAAUCUAUUUCAUAUUACAAUGAGGCUCGUAGUUGUCUCUUGUCAAGUUUUGAGCAUCCUUCCAUUACCUCCGUGCAAAGUUUCUUGUUGCUAGCCUUCUAUGACAUCUGCAACGGACACAAUUCCACGGGCUGGAUGCUUCUGGGAAACGCAAUUAGAAUGGGAUUUGACCUAGGCUUUCAACUCAGUCCUGAAGUAUGGUUCUUGAAGAAUGCUGGUACAUUGAAGGCCAUCGAUAGAGCUAUUCGUAGUAGAAUCUACUGGGGCUGCUUUAUGGCGGAUCAUUUCAUCAGUUUAGUGCUAGGGAGACCAUCCUUGCUUAAACUGCUGGAUGCUUCAAUUCCAGAGACUGAGGAUCUUCCUGAGUUGGAUGGUAUCGACGAAUACAAGUAUAUUCCCGACACAGACACAAAUAUCUCUGACCCUCUCAAGAACAUCAUCAAUCUCAUUAAUAUCUCUGACAACAUGCUUAAUGAUGUGUUCACUAAAUCUGAAAGUGAUGCCGGAGAACUGCAUGACACUUUGCAUGACGAUUAUGACCUCGAGUCCCGUCUCUCAAAGCUCUUCCAGUAUAACAAUGAAAUUCAAAAGUGGCGCGACAAUUUGCCCCUAGAUCUUAAGUGGAACCAGGAGAUUCUUAAAGUCACCGCAGACAAUCCAACUCUUUCAGGGGUCAGAUACUACUACUACAUUCUUUUACUCUGUUUGAACCGACCAUUUGUCGGUCUUACAAAAGAGUUCAAGGACCACAAUCACCUUUCGUCUGCCUACAUUUGCUCGCAAGUCAUAGAUGAUUUGUACAUUGCCAUCAACAGAUUUCAGGAUACACACGGGCUCCGACGUGCCUCAAUUUUUAUCGUGUACUGUAGCAUAUUGUCAAUUUCGGUGAUUUUGCUUACGGUGACCACAGAAGAUAUUGGCGAAAAGAAAAAGACCAUGAUCAAGUACUUCAUGAGUGUUUUGGCUGGAUGCUCAAAGACUUGGGGCUUGGCCGAAAAGUCUUAUCGCAUGAUUCGCAGUAAGCUCGAUCUAGAGUUCGCUGGUGGUCCAGAUUUUCAAGUUGCCACAGAAGCCGGCAAAAAAUCAAAACUCAAGAAAGCUCGCAAGCUUAUGCCUCCGCCCCCUCCUGCGGAGAUUAAAUUGGAGCAUAUCGAGGUCACUUCCUCAGAGAAUCUCGGUUCGAAUAUGACACCUUUGCUCCCCCAGCAAGAAACUCCUUCAGCUAUCCCUCUUGGUGCUGAGUCUGUAUCUUUUCUUGAGAAAUCACCCAAUGAAGAGGGUAUUCCAAAUGCUAGUGAUGACUCAAAUCAAUGUGACUAUUUUGAAGAGAAUUCAGGAGAGUUUUUUGGCGGACCGCCCGUGCUUAUGACAUCUGAUUUGUUCAACGAAGAUUGGGAAGCUUUAUUUCCCGAUUCGAUUUUCAGUCAGCGUCUUGGUCAACAUCACGAUUAA